CUAGGCGACCAGUUCAAUUCCAGCAGAAGCGUACGUUGCGUGCAUUUGUAACGCGUUGCUUGCGAGAAAUCUGUUCGAGGCCUGUUUUUUUUCGUGGAGCAUACGUAAAUAAUUGUUGCACUUGUUUGUAUCGGAUUACAAAGAUGAAGGUAGUACAUGUGACCUGUAUUCUUUUGGCUACAAUAAUCUGCAGCAUUGCGAGUAGCGUUGCUACUCCAAUACAAGGAGAGAAUAAAUCUACCAUCCAUCAGACAGUGGAUGUAACUACUGUACCUCCUCUUCAAUCUACAACUAUCAUAAAUCUUGCUGCAUCUUCUAAUGCUCCUAUACCCACUGUUAAUACUACAACAGCAGUUAAUGUUACCAAAGUAGAUACUCAUACAACUGCUCCUAUUGAUGUUGCUAAUAAAACUACUGCCAGUAGUAAGAUUGAGACAACUACUAUUUCCACAACGGUACCAACAACCAUAGUAACAACAGCAACAACACCAAAGAAACCGUCAACAACAACUCUGAAACCUACAACUAACAAUGUAACUUCAUCCACUACCACAAGCAGCGGAACUACUGUUGCACCACCAUCUGUUACAACAACAAUUCCAGUAUCGACGAAAACUCCAUCCUAUAAGGGACGACAUUUUGAUGGCCUCAGUUUCUUAGGUGGAAUCAUUUUGACCGUAUGCUUGAUGGCAAUUGGUGUAAUUUCAUGGAAAUUCUUUAGAACAAUGAGCGAAGGAAACUACCGUACCCUAUGAUGCUGAGGAGAAAGUCGUCGCAAAGAGUACCAUUUUUUGGCAACUUAAACGCAGUUAUUCGAACUGAAAAUUAAAAAUUUUACUAUAAUAUUGCGUAUUUUUAUAACGCACUUAAGUGUCGCGUGAUUUAAGUGCUCUUAGUAAUGUGAUGUGCAAAAAAGCGAGUUCCGUUUCUUUGUACCCAAUUACAAAGACGAGUUACAUGUAUAACAGUAUUGUCUCUCUACAGAUUCGCACGCGCAUUGUGAUAGCAAAUGCGAUUGCGAGAACGAAAAAGUAAUAAAUGUGAAAGACCGGAAUAGAAUGAGAAAGUAGAGAACCUAAGGGCGCGAGAGAGAAAGGUGAGAAAACCUGAAUGUUACCAUGCGCAAGCGUAGCUAGCGCACGAAGAGAUUGACGACCAAUCAAAAACACACAUUCCAUAAAAAAAAAAUCAAUUCUAAGACACGAUGAUCUAAAUGUUAUUUUCCAAUAGAUUUC